AUGAUUAUUUCACCAAGUACACUUCCUACAACCCUGAACAAUUCUAGUACGAAAGCACAGCUUAAGACAGCGAAACUUACCAAGCCACAAUGGGACUGUCUUUACCCCUCUCCAGGGCUGUACGGCAGGUCGACAGAUUUUGAUGUCACCUUGCUAUUUCGUUUGCUCAGGACAAUAUGCAACCUCGCCCCUCCAACCACAGGAUGGGAUGCGAUACCAGCCACUACAGACCACAGUUUAACUGCAGAUUUGGUCAGAAUAAGACAUUACCGAAACUCAGUCUAUGGACACGUGAACCAAGGCAUGUCAAUAACUGAUGACGAGUUUUUGACACUUUGGAAGGAAAUUAGCGACGCUCUAGUCCGGAUUGCCGGGCAAAUCAGCCCUAAAACGAAAACUGAAUGGCAAGUAGCUAUCGAUAAGUUUUUGAAAGAUCCUCUCACUAUAGAGCAUGAGAGGCAUGUUGUUGAGUUGGAGAUGUGGUAUCAAAGUGAUUCGGAAGUCAAAAAAAGCAUAGAGGAACUAAAAAUAGCAGUUGCAGAGGACAUCAAAGGCAUCAAAGAUCAUCUAGAGCGGGAUGUAACUCAAGAGGGCAUUGACCGUUUGGAGAGAAGGGUUCAAGAUCUACAAACUCAACUGGAAAUGGUGAAUCAGUCUAUGGACAGACUUAACUCUUCAGCGGGCUUGUGUUCACCACCGUCAAGAGGUAACUGAAUUAUUUAACACCCUCUGUAGUUUAAUGUCACAUACGCGGUUUUAGAAAGUCCUAGACGAAUACACUCUUCAGCUUUAAACCUAAUCUCUAUUCUGAGGUCAUGGUCAUUAUUGUCUAUGUCCAAAUGAAAUUUUUAUUAUCUUCACCUGUGUUAAACGUUCCGCAUAGUUACGUAUUUCCUCUCUUUUUAUCUGUGAAUCUCUUUAACACACGGAAGAGGAAAAAUGCCCUAUCAGCGUCUUCGUAUUUUGAUUCACUUUUGAUCACUUUUAGUUUGGUCAAACUUGUAGUAAGCGGUCAACCUAUAUUAAUUGGUCGAUUGACCAUUUCACUGUGGAUUAAAGUUUAUUAUAUCAAGUAAAUGGUUAUUUUUAUUGGUAUUAAUGGAGCUCUGUUCUUAGGCGUUUUUAAAGGUUGACAUCUUAACGCUUUCACUGCUUUAGUGGCCAAUAAUGCAGAAAAAAAAAAUCGCCAAAAAUUCCAAAUUUCUUUUUCAUCCGUCCAUGAGUGGAAGGGUUAAUCUAUGCGGACGGUUUUAGCUCUAUCUAGCUUUUCAUCAUGACACAUGUUUUUCGUUUCUCGAACGCAAUUUCAGGGGUAGUCAAGAAUAAUUCUAAUUCUAAUUCUCCAUCUAUACUGGACUGAUCAACAACUGAGGGAAACUACCAUGUUAGCUUCCACUGAUGUUAAUAUGACAAAUAAAAACAUGGAUUUGACAUGACUAGUGGUCGAGACAAGAGUAUACACGCUUGUUCAAUCGUUUAUUGUUCAGUUUACUUUUGUUUCGUUAACGAUGACUCGUGAUCAGAGAAGAGAUGGCUACAUUCUCGGCGGCCUACCCUGGCUGGGUUUUUUUUCUUGGCUUGAACCUGAAAAUCUAACUCAGUAUUUCUUUUUCAACCAACGUAACAGCUCGUCUACGACUUUGGCUUGAUUAUGAGAAGUUGGCAGGACCUUCUUCUCCAAGUGGAGUGUUCCAAGAAGGUGUGAUCCAGGGAUCCACAGGCAUUACCCUUGUCUCAGAUCAGCCACAAACCGGCUUUGCGAGAGGUACACAAGAGGAGGCUCUAAACACGCAGGAACCCGAAGGAGCGGUCCAGGGGAUGGCCGUAGCACGUACACCUGUCAGCCCAAAUAUGCCACAAGGUGUGGUUACAAGGGACGUACGAGAGGGCCUUCCAUCAGUGGUACGGGAACUUCCAGGAGCGGUACAAGGAGUGCCGUUAGUAGCUCCUGUCUCCUCAAGUCAACCACAAGUAGUGACUACAUCUGAGUCUACCCAAGAAGUGUUGAAUAUGAUUGCGUCAAAGUACUUUCAGAUACUUGACCCAUCAACACCUGAAGAACUCAAUGGUUUUAUAGAGUACAUGAAAAAGGUACGCGAAGUGAUUAUUGUUGAUGUUAAAACAGGAAGCUUGAUUAUCACUGUUGAAUGCAGUUCUCUCCAAAUCCUUGACGAACUGUGGAUAGACUAUAAAACAGGUCAUCUUAAUGAAAUGGCACAGAAAUACCUUGUGACAGAAGACGUUCUUAAAGCGUUUGGGCUAACAGAGCUGAAACUGAAGACAACGAUCGUGGAGGAGGAGUACAGAGCUUGUCGCGAGGUUUUCUUAACCAGUUUAGGUAAGUACUCUUGUACUUAAAAAGUAACACUUUCAUAUCAGUUUCACACUCACAGUCAAAUAACCAGACAUUAAAUGUAGUUCUAACUUUUUAAGCAAGUGAACAGACUCAUAAGCUAUCUAUAAUGUGCUGCGUAGCUCUGUGAAACAAAUAAUGGAACAGAAAAUUGGCUGUGGGGUUGAAAUAACCCAUAACCCGUCUAAGCGUUAGCCCUAGAAAAGGGAAUCAGGGGACCACACGAGGCAAAGAAUCGUCUGGCUUCUUAGUGUAGUUGGUGUAUGUAGAGCGACGGGGGAACUAAUCCGGAGGUCAUGAUGGGUCGAAUCCCACCACGUUUAAAAUAUAUCUGUAUUUUUUUUGCCUCUUGUGGUCCCCUAAUUCCCCUUUACUACUGGGGCAAACGCUCAGUGGGAUUUUUGGGUUGUUUGUAGCACAUGAAUUUUCACUAAAGUUAAUUCUCUAUUCCAUCACAAGACUCAUAACCAGUUGUCAGUGAGCUUUAGUUGACACGUGAUCCUCGGAUAAUGACAACAAACAAAUCAUUAGCUGUCUUGGUAACUUGGUAACUAGCCCUGGAUUUGCGCUAAUAGUCUUUCAAACAGCUCGGUCCUGUACUAUUACUUAAAAAAAGAAGAUCAAUGAUGUCGUUCACAAGCUGACAGAUCCCAUAUAUAACCGUUAACGUUCAGCCUCCUUUCGCACUGCCUCAUCAUUGAUUAACUCCUUUAUUUUUAUACAUACCAGUAAAUGACGAACAAGCAGUGAGAAAGUUUGCGGAUCUUGACGCAUCUGAGGGAAGCAAACAACAAACCCUAUCGGGUCAGCAACGCAUAAUCAGAUCCACAUGACUUGCUUUGUUCAACGGAUGGAAAAGAAAAUUUUAUACGCCUUACCCGACUUUUAAUAAGUGGAGGCACGACUCUUUUAAGGGAAACGUUUGACAUGAUUAUUUCACCAAGUACACUUCCAACAACCUUGAACAAUUCUAGUACGAAAGCACAGCUUAAGACAGCGAAACUUACCAAGCCACAAUGGGACUGUCUUUACCCCUCUCCAGGGCUGAACGGCAGGUCGACAGAUUUUGAUGUCACCUUGCUAUUUCGUUUGCUCAGGACAAUAUGCAACCUCGCCCCUCCAACCACAGGAUGGGAUGCGAUACCGGCCACUACUGACCUCAGUUUGACUGCAGAUUUGGUCAGAAUAAAACAUUACCGAAACUCAGUCUAUGGACACGUUAACCAAGGCAUGUCAAUUACUGGUGCCGAGUUUUUGACACUUUGGAAGGAAAUUAGCGAAGCUCUAGUCCGGAUUGCAGGGAAAAUCAGCCCUAAAAAGAAAACUGAAUGGCAAGUAGCCAUCGAUAAGUUUUUGAAAGAUCCUCUCACUGUAGAGCAUGAGCGGCAUGUUGUUGAAUUGGAGACGUGGUAUCAAAGUGAUACGGAAGUCAAAAAAAGCAUAGAGGAACUGAAA